AUGUCACUCUUGAAAAGUAUUGCGGAUCUUACCGGAAAAACCAAGACCCUUUCUAUUGGUUCAGCUCCAUACUUUAAUCAAGUUCGUAACGCAACAAAGAGAGCUGCAGGUUCGAGAACAAAUAAAAAUGAUACCGCCGGUAGAAGAUUAGGUCCAAAGGUCCACGAAGGUAACUUUGUCAAACCUGGUCAAAUAAUUAUGAGACAAAGAGGUACCAAAAUUCACCCUGGUGAAAACACAGAUAUUGGUAGAGAUCACACAAUUUUUGCUAUGGAACCGGGUUAUGUUAGAUUUUACUAUGAUCCAUUUCACCCAUUGAGAAAAUAUGUUGGUGUUUCUUUGACCAGAGACCUUCCCUUACCACACCCACACUUUUCACCAAGGUCGAGAAGAUUUGGAUAUGAACAAAUUAUAGAGCCAGAAGCUGCAAAGCAAGAAGAAGGCCAUAUGAGCAGAAAAGAAUACUUACAGACUCCUGAAUUAAAACAGAAGGCAGAGGAGCUUGAAGAAUUAUUAAGUAACAAAAGAACGGAGUUUAAGACUGAAAUAAGCAACAAACUAGGUGAAUCAACUGAAAAUCUUUUAAAUUUGAUUGUAGAGAGAAUGGUGAACAUCUAUCAAUUGUCUAGAGUAGGUCAAUCCAUAGAAGAAGCUCAAGCUCAAGUCACUUUUAACUAUAUCUACGAUUUAAAAUUGAAACUUAACAGAGGAGAAAUUAAGGAUGCAGAUUCUUUUUACUCAUUAAAAGAGUACUACCUUAACAACGUUGCCAAUGCUACCAAUUCAAAAUUAGCUGUCGACUCCACAGGAACCAUAUUCGACUACUUAACUCCAGAACAAGUCCAGAUCAAACAAGCAGAAAUCAUCAAACAGUUGGAGAAUGAUUUUACUGGUAAGAUCAUUAAGUUGGAAGAAAAGAGGUCAAUCUUAAAUUUAAUUGAAACACCAGGUAUUUUCACCAAGGAAAAGCAAGCGCAAUUAAAGUCAGUAUUCCUUCCUCGUGUCUUACCUGUUACAGUUCCAGGUACAAUUGCUGAUGAUUUUGACCCAAAGAAACCAGGUAAGGGCGUUACUGUGGUCAGAAUCUUUGAUGAUAAGACGAAGGAGGUUAAGACUUAUGGAAGAACUCAAAAUGCAUUUGUUCCCCAGGAAUAA